UGACGGGUUUAAAUGUUAUUUUUAUUUUCCUGGAUGAAGAUUAAUCUCGUUCGAAGAAAAUAGAUGUUGUUGUUAAUCUGUGAUUCAAGAGUAGGAUCCACCCGUGAUUAAACCGGCUGGGAUGACGUGACGGCCAGCGUUAAUUUGUAUCAAAAUCACCACGGGAAAGCAACACCUGGGUCCACGUAGUACGUUCCCAACCAUGAGGAGGUGACAGGCAGCCAGCUAACUCUGCUGCUAGGUCUUGCUGCUUGGACAUAUGGCAAGGAUAAGUUUCUCAUGCCUGCCAGCCUCCUGGUACUGCAGUGUGUCCCUGCUGUCUCUGGGCUGUGUGCCCAGGCAAAGGGCCUUCUUCCUAGUGUUCCUCACCUGCUCUGCCCUGGUCUUCCUGGGGGUCUACCAGACUGAGCUCUGGGGGCCCCAGCGCCACAGGGGACACGUCAACAAAUACCUCUCCUCUGUGGAGACCAUGGAGGCUACUGACGUCACCAACGUAGCUCUGAACUAUGGGAUCGUGGUGGACUGUGGCAGCAGCGGCUCCAGGGUGUAUGUGUACUACUGGCCCCCCCACCAUGGAAACCCUCACACCCUGCUGGACAUCAGGCAGAUGAGGGACCAUGACCGCCACCCUGUGGUCAAGAAGAUCAAACCUGGUAUUUCCACCAUGGCUCUGACCCCAGCCAAGGCCAGUGACUACCUCCACCCCCUCCUCUCCUUCGCUGCUACCCAUGUCCCCAGGAAGAAACACAAGGAGACUCCUCUCUAUAUCCUCUGUACUGCUGGCAUGAGACUGCUGCCUGAGAGUCAGCAGACUGCUAUCCUGGAGGACCUGGUAAGAGAUGUUCCUGUGGAGUUUGACUUCCUGUUCUCCAGCUCCCAUGCAGAGGUGAUCUCUGGGAAACAGGAAGGUGUGUAUGCAUGGAUUGGUAUUAACUUUGUGUUGGGACGCUUUGACCAUGCAGAGUACGAAGAUGAUGCAAUGGUGGAGGUCACUACAGGGUCACAGAACAAUCACCCAAUCAGCCGGCGGCGCACAGUGGGCAUCAUGGACAUGGGCGGAGCCUCGCUGCAGAUAGCCUAUGAGGUGCCUAGCGCAGUCCACUUCAGUUCACCUGAACAGGAGGAGUCUGGUAAGAGCCUGCUGGCAGAGUUUAACCUGGGCUGUGAUUCAGAGCAUACGCAGCACGUCUACCGUGUAUAUGUCACCACGUUCCUGGGCUUCGGGGGGAACAUGGCCCGACAACGCUACGAAGACCAGCUGAUCAACUCCACCAUCACCAAGAACAGGCUGACAGGCGAUCAGACGGGCAUGAUGGAAGCCACGCCCCUCGCGGACCCGUGCCUCCCCGUCGGCCUAUCAGACGUGGUGCGUCGUGACGGCCGUGCGGUCCACCUGAGAGGGCAGGGGGACUGGGCGCGUUGCCAGGGGGCAGUCAGGCCCUUCCUGGGUCUCCACAACGGCACCAUGGGGUCCCCCAGGGGGGUGUACCAGGCUCCCAUCGACUACAGCAACUCAGAGUUCUACGGCUUCUCUGAGUUCUUCUACUGCACUGAGGAUGUGCUGAGGAUGGGGGGACCGUACGACAGCGCCAAGUACUCCAAGGCUGCCACGGACUAUUGUGCCACCAAAUGGUCGACCCUGACAAAGCGUCUGGACAGCAAGCUGUUCUCUAAACAAGCAGACGCCUCCAGACUGAAGUACCAGUGUUUUAAGUCAGCCUGGAUGUUCCAGGUGCUCCACUCAGGCUUCAGGUUCCCUAAGGACUACCCCAGCCUGAAGACUGCUCAGCUGGUCUAUGACAAGGAGGUUCAGUGGACCCUGGGAGCCAUCCUGUUCAAGACACGCUUCCUGCCUCUCAGGGACCUCCAGGCAGAGUCAUUUAAACAGGGCCACUCCAACUGGCUGCGUUCCUCCUUCGUCUACAACCACUACUUGUUCUUUGCCUGUAUCCUGGUGGUCCUGCUGGCCAUCCUACUGUACAUCCUCCGCCUCCGCAGGAUCCACCAGAGAGAACAGAGGCAGGCUGAGGCCCUGGACCUGCUCUGGGUGGAGGAGGGGGAGGCUCUGCUGGCCUGAUCCAGGAUCACUUUAGACUCUGAAUCCUUCUUGAUCUGAGGCCCUGGGUGUGGGGUGGGGUGGGGUGGGGGGAGUUACUGAUCUAAGAUCAGUUGAGAUUCUCUAAGUAACUGUAACUGGUGUUAAUAGCCUGUUAUGCACAGAUCUAGGAUUAACCUUUCACCCGCUGAGUUGUAGGCUUGACUGGGGCUCCAUUUGUUAAGAGGCACUGAUCUAGGAUCAAAUUAUCAUCCGAAAAUCGUAACCUUGACUGUGACCAAUGGCCUGUUGGGACAAUGAUCUAGGACCAGCAUGGACACGCUGAAUCGUAACGUUGACAAUUGGGUAGAAAGGCACAACAAUGCAAUAGCAACUUCAUCCUACAACGAAGGUUCGAAUUAUGGGGGUGCUGGACACUCCUGUUUGACAAAUCUUUACACCCCAGAUACAGAUAUCAACGUUGACCUGACUGUGAGCACCCUCCUGAAACAGAAAAUAUCAACCAAGGGGCAAACCACUAUUUGUAGUUACCUCUGGACCUAGAGUGUUGAUGUAAAUAGAACCCUAAGUAGGAUGGGCCAUGGAACUGGAACCUUCAAAAGGGGGAGGAGAAUUGCAGGAUGUGGGUGUGGUCUUGUGGGCGGAACUUCGUAAAGGGAAAACUGUGAAUCGUUAAAAUGAUGAAACAGGAAAAUCCCAAUAGGUGAAAGACUGUGAGGACUGAGCCAUUCCAUUUCUAUUGUAGAUAAUUCACUGUUGCAGAGAUGGACCACUGUGUUGGCCAUUUUGUUUGAAGGAAGGUGAAGCUUGACGUGUGAGGUAGAAGUUGCCCUUAAUCACAGAUCUAGGAUCAGAUACCCUAAUCCUAACCUUAACUAUUGAUGCAAAUAAAAUCUGACCCUGUAUCUGUGGUUAGGGGUAACUUCUAGCUACUCUUUGAUGAAAAGGGUGCCUCUAUGAUUGUCUGUUUGGACAGUAUUGUAACCAUGACGAUACACACUGUGUGUCUGACCAGUAUACUUCCUGUAAAACUCACAAACAGGAAGUGCAUUCAUUCCUUAAUAAUCCCACCAUGGGAAUGUUUUUGAUUUGAAGCUUUCAAAUAGAAAAAGGCUUUAUUGAUUUGUAUUGAAAAACAACAAUGAGGAAUCAAACAAUUUAUUACAGGGGUUCAUUAAAUCUCAAAUGUUUGAGACGAUGUCUCUUUUUAACGUUUAACGUUUUUUAAACUGUUUGCUUUGGUGCUGGGAGCAGUUUGUUCUGAGCCAGUUAUGUUGAUGACAAGCUAAGAGAGUGAAACGGGUUGUCAGUGUUUAAUGGAUUGAAGUCGAUGCCUUCUGACUGCACACCUGUGUGACAGAGAUGUGUUAUGACAGGUCUAUGUCAGACUGUCAGUGUUAGUUACCCACCAGCUCCUCACCUGCCCUGUACUGUAAAUAUCCAAUCAGUGAUCACUAUCAGUCUGCUCCACAAUCUCUUGAUAAUGUUUGGCGGUAUUGCUGUUGUUAAAUGAGAUGCAUUUAAUUGCUAAUCAAAGAAGCCAUCUUGUUAUUUUGAAGCUGUAUAAUUUGAGUGGUCACAAUGCAACUGGAAAUGUAGCGUCAGUGAUUUUAAUGUAAAUUCAACACACUUCCUUUUAGGUUUUGACUGUUUCUACAGCUGAAAUCUUCAGAGCAGCAUUUGAAUGUGGUCUAAUACCAACCCUCUGUUUGACCUCUUGUCAGUUUUUGACCAAUUUGUUUUGUUUUAGAUUUUAACACGAGGAAGGGGCCUAAAUGUUGCAGCUCCAUUUUGACUCUUCCUAAAGAAGGACCAAAUGGCUCCCUAUACAAUGACCCUGAUGGGACCUGGUCAAAAGUAGUGCACUAUAUAGGGAAUAGGGUGCCAUAUGGGACACAUACCAACCGGGCCGUUGCUAGCCUCAGAACUGGGCGUUGUGCGAUAUGGGACUUUCAUGCCAGGCAUCCCAAAUGGCACCCUAUUCCCUAUAUAGUGCACUACUUUUAAGCAGGGCCCAUAGGGCUUGGGUAAAGGUAUUGCACAAUGUAGGAAAUAGGGUGCCAUUUGGGACGUAAUCCUAACUGUCUUGUCGGUCUCUUAUUGAGGAAAAAUAACUCAACAUGGAUGUGGAAAACAAACAAACACAAAUCUGUUUAAAUAAAUCAAUGUUUUAAAACAUUU